UUAAUUUCAAAGCAGUUGUAUGUAUGUAUGUAUGUAUGUAUGUAUGUAUGUAUGUAUGUAUGUAUGCGAGAUUUAUGUUUAUGCUUGUUAAUUCGUAAUCCUUUGACCAGGGAAAACAACAACGACAUUUUGUAACUUAAAAGACAAGUAUCUUUAUCUUGCCAUAUUUCCUUCCUGUUUGAUCGAAAUACAAAAGGAUGUCCUACCUACAAACCAUAUCAAAUUUGUUGUAAACAUGUAGUUUAUUUGAUUCGAUUCAGCGAUCAUUUCUUGCUUCAUUGACAAAGUGGGACUAAUUACAUUGUGACUCGAAGGAUACAACUUUUAACGUUAAUGAAACAAACACGAAUGGUUCAUCUACAACGAUCCGAAAUGAACCGUUAGCAGACAGUGGUGAACCAGUGAAAGGGAAUCAAACUUGUUUCAGGAAAACACAACUGAGAGAAAGCAUGGCUUACUGUGAAAUACUAAAGCUCUUUAAAGGAAUUUUAGUUUCAAUUCAUAUACCAACAGUGACUGUGGAUAAAGUGUCGUUAAUGUACGUUGAACCUGGAGUCUUAUAUGGAUAUCGGUUGGAAUACCAGACGGUCAUUUACUACCUGAAGAGCAUAUUUCAAUUUCACAAUGAAACCGUUAAUAUUUGGACUCAUCUAGUGCCAUUUAUUUUCGUAUUUUUGAAAACGUACAACUGCAUCACAACUUUAGAGGACGCAACAUAUAUUUGUGUGUUGUUAUGCUUUGCAUUUGGUACUAUUAUGUACACAUUAUUCAGCGUCCUUGCGCACACCUUACACUCCAAAUCUCCUAUAUAUCACUAUACAUGUUAUACUCUUGAUUACAUGGGAAUUGGAUACUAUGCAUUGGGUGCUUGUAUACUCGUAUACUACUGCAGUUGUCAUGAGAAAUACUAUGCAAUGUUGGAGCACUGUUUCCUACCUGUGGUAGUAGUAAUGAGCUGGUUGGGGUUCCUCUGUUGCACCAUUUCCAAACUUCGCUACAGACGACCAUAUCCAUUUCAGCGAAAGUUAUGGAACAUAUGUUCAUUCGGAUUUCAAUGUGUGUUAGUUUAUUCUGUGGUGAAUGCUCGAUACUAUGACAGUUUAAUGAAUAAUACAUUAUCAUCACCGAAUCAUCACACCCUUGUUUUUGUUUAUAUUCUUGUAUCUGUUUUCUUUUUUUCUAGUCAUAUACCCGAGAAAUUUUAUCCUGGAAAAUUUGAUUUCAUUGGACAAGGACAUCAAAUAUUCCACAUUAUGGUUUCGCUUGGAACUCUUGAACAAUUUAACGCAGCUAUGAUAGACAUCAGAUAUCAGACUCCGUUACUGAUCAAUCACAAACCUCGUGCCGAUCAUAUUGUGCUGUCUUUGCUAGCAUAUACAGUAAUGGCUCUUAUUACCAUUUAUUUUUUUGGACCUACAAUACAAAAUCGUGUAAAAGAAGAUGUCGAGUUGGAGCAAAUGCGGAAAAAAUAAAGAUAUAUUUGUAAUAUUAUAAAGGUAAAAAAACUGAUAUGAGUGGUUUUAUAAUGGAUAAUGAUGAAUAUAGGUAUUAUAGCAAUUGUGGACUGGUCAAUGUAUGCCUUAUACGUAAAUAUGUCAUACGCUUUCAGCUUCAGACGAUACUCAAUUCAAUUAUGAAAAUUCAGUAUUUACUGUACCUUGACUUUAAAACGUCUGUUCUGAGACCAACAGUCAUACCAAAUACUUAUGAGGACGUGUUUGGGGAGCGUGGCAAUAGAUCAAGCUGAACUGCUUGUUUUAAGUCUUACGUCAAAGUUAAGAGCUCAGAUACUAAGAAACCUACAACAAUAUAUCUUUUUAGUAAAAGAUGUGCCAAUGGGACAAUUAAUAAGAGGGAAGAAAGAUACCAGAGGGACAGUCAAACUCAUAGAUCGAAAACAAACUGACAACGCCAUGGCCAAAAAAUAAAAAGACAAACAGGCAAAUAAUAGUACAGAUGACACAACAUAGAAAACUAAAGACUAAGCAACACGAACCCCACCAAAAACUGGGGGUGAUCUCAGGUGCUCCGGAAGGGUAAGCAGAUCCUGCUCCACAUGUGGCACCCGUCAUGUUGCUUAUGUUAUUACAAAUCCGGUAAAUAGUCUAAUUCGGUAGGUCACAUUCGUGAAAAGGGAAGGGUAUUGUAGUUACGACAUAAGGAAAAUAUCCGAUAUCAUCUGUGAAACGGUUAUUCCAUAACGGUCAACCAACUCGUGAUGGCGUCCGUAAAAUUUACGAAGGGAUGAUUUCAAGUGUUCCGCAAAUGAUAGGUUAAUAUUACCUACAUUUUUCUUCAUUGGCUAUGUUUUAGAUUUAAUUUGAUUUUUCUCUGAUGCAAGGGCAGUGUUACAAUCUUUAGCAAAUAGACCAUGGCUACUCAUACAUGAAUUUGUGCUUCAUUGAUUAAAUUGUUAGUUGUGUCGUUCAAAUACUUAAGUGACUUUAUUAUCACACUAAUGCUAUUAUUGUUUCAUUUAUUAUUUAGGGUUCAUCAAGCCAAUUCAAGAAAUGAGGUGAACUUUGAAUUCUAAGAAAAACCUUUAUAUGUAUGUCGAAAGAAUUUCUUUUAAAUCGGUUUGUUUACAGCCAUGAAAUUGUCGUGAAUUCACAACUCAGUGUACAAAAUCUUGAUCGCUUGAUACGCACAAUAAAAAAAAUGCAUAAAGCAAAACCCUCGCGCAAAAGGAUGUUUACAAGGGAAGUGCAUUUUAUAAUUAUCUACUUUAUAAAUUUUCUAACGGUGAUACUUAUAGCCAAAAUUUAAGAUCUGAUAAGUCUUCAUAUAAGAUUAAAGUAUGACACCCGAAAUAAGCUAAUACAGUUUCUUAAAGCUAAGAUUAAAACAACAUUGUUAAUAAUGGUAUAAUACAAUUUUUCUUUAUUCAGUGAAUUUGGAUAGUUACAUAAUCAUACAGCCAUUCCUUAGUAAAUAACUAUUGUCGUCCUGAAGACCUUAUAUAUAUUAUUAAACCAGUUAUCACCAUAUAAUUUAACAUCAGUGUAGAAGGGACCAAAAUGCGAUCAUCUAGUAUCUGAGAAAUGAUAAUAAUCUAUGGAGUGUAAAAUAUAGCUCAUCCACCUCCUUUUCGUAAGAAAUUGCUAUUCUUGCUCUUUGCACAAAGUAAUAUGACUGUAUGUCACUUAAUCUUUAAAAUAAGGCUUACGAUUACUCUAGGAUCGGUACUUUAUGCCCCUUGUAUUCGUGUUGAAUGUUUUUGUGCUUCGUGCCAAUCUGAUUAGUCGCGCCAUUUCCAACUGAUUUUCACAAUUGUUCUUAUGUUGUGCUAUUACACCACUCUCCCAUGUUAGGGACGGGUUGAGUGAUCACAAACAUGUUAAAUCCCGUCACUUUCUAUGUCAGGACCCUUGUAUAAAGUGGUUGCCGUUGGUUGCUGUCUAUCAUAUUUUUUUCGUUUAUUGAUUUUUCUUAAAUUAUGCCGUUAGUUUUUUUUCGUUUGAAUUGUUUCAUUUUGUUAUGGCGGACCUUUUAUAGCAGACUUUACUGUAUAGGUUUGCUCAUUGUUGAAGGCCGUACGGCGACAUAUAGUUCUUUAAAUCAACGUCAUUUGAACUCUGUUGGAUAGAUGUCUCAUUUGCAAGCAUACCACAUCCCCUUAUUUUAGAUCGCAACAUACAUUUUUAAAGCGAUAAAUCGAGUUUAGAAUGUAGAUCCCUUAUAGUAUCUGAAACCAAUAAAACUUAAUUAAUUCAGUCAAUGACGCAUACAAUAUGCAAGAAUGACAUUCCUUUUCAUAGAGGCUAUAUUACUUACUAAUAGUAUCCAAUAUCUGAAUUUGGUUGUUAAACUUGAUCAAUGCAGUGGCAUGUUUUUGUGGAAGGCUCUCAUUCUCACAAUACAAUCACUGAAGUUAUAGGAUUGUAGGUCUCUUAGAAUGGUUAUGAUAAAUGAACUCUGACGUGUAAUCAUGAAAUGUGGGUAUGUGGUACUUUCAUAUAUAAAUUAUGCAAAAUAUUCCAAAAUCAAUGAUCCAUGUCUAAGGUACAAGCCCAAAUAAUUUCCGUGGAAAUAAGAUAUGCAAAUGCUGAUACAACUGCAUACCAAAUAUCGUUCAUUUAUCACUGGCAUUUAGAAGCAGCAAUAUAUUAUAAUGCAAAACAAAUUAUAAGGGGUUCCGCGGAACCCUGUGUGUCGCCUGCAAUUGUUUCUGUCAGUGUAAAAGUGUAAUGUUGACUUAAAAAGUGAGCCCAUUAAUCAGUAAAAUACAGAAUUUGAAAAAAAAAUUAAAUUUUUCUUUCGAUGCUAUUUCUUGGUCUUCAAGAUUAGCUUCUGUCCAUGUUUCAUAACAAUCCAUGAAGGUUUACAAAUUUAUCAUGUCAUUUUUUUUAUCCCAGACUGUCUGUAAUGGUUAACUGUGAAAAAACGAAGUCCAUCCAUUAGAAAAAUACUAAAAAUUAAAAAAAAAAAAAUUUUAAAGUUUGCUCCAGACAUUAUCUCUUAAUCAUCAAUAAGCUUCUGCCAAAGUUUCAUAAAACUCUAUGAAGGUUUAACAAAGUAAUUAAUGUGAAACAAAAGUCCAUGUAUCAGUAAAAUACGGUAAAAUGAAAAUAAAUAUUUCAAAAGUUUGCUCUGGAUACUGUAUUUUGGUCAUAAACAAGCUUCUGUCCAAAUUACAAAAAAAUUCCAUGAAGGUUUGACAAAGUUAUUGAUGACUGAAAAACUUUAACCACAGACUGAACCUAAAUGUUGACUCCGCCGACGCCGACGACGGAAUCUAGGAUGGCUAUGUCUCGCUUUCGCGAAAUAAAUUUCGCAGGCUCGGCAAAAAGCAGAGCAAAAGGCCAGAAAUUAAAAAAAAUACAAACUUCAGUCCAUUUAUCACUAAAAUAUGGGAAAUGAAAAUAAAUAUUUUCAAAACUUAGCUCUGGAUACUACUGUCUUUUAAUCAUAAAAAAGCUUCUGUCCAAAUUUCAUAAAAUUUCAUGUAGGUCUGACAAAGUUAUUGAUGUAUAAAAAACUUUAAACUCAGACUUAAUCUGAAUGUUGACUGUAAAAAACCUAAGUCCAUUACCAGUAAAAUACGGAAAAAUGAAAAUAAAUAUUUUCAAAAUUUUGCUCUAAAUAUUGUUAUUUGUUCAUAAAUAAGCUUCUGUCCAAAUUUCAUAAAAUUCCAUUUAGGUUUGACAAAUUUAUUGAUGUCUAAAAAACUUUAACCACAGACUGAACCUAAAUGUUGACGCCGCCGACGCCGACGACGGAAUCUAAGAUCGCUAUGUCUCGCUUUCGCGAAAUAAAUUUCGCAAGCUCGACAAAAAGCAGAGCAAAAGGCCAAAAAUAAAAAAAAGAAAAAAUUUCAGCAAUGAGGCAGCACUGGAUAGACACGGCAUGAAUUGCAAUUAAAUCAUGUUUUGACCCCUACACCAGGAAUUUAUAUUAUACCUUGAUAAGUCAAAAGAGGUCAUAGUUCUGGCCUAAUUGGGAAGGGAAUUCGAUACUUGUACUGCCUUAUGUACACCUUACAAUUAUUUCUUACACUAAAUAUAGCUGAUCUAUUGCUUUUAGUAUUUGAAAAACAGACUUAAACACAAAUACUUAACAUUGACUAAUGAACCAUAAAAAUGAGGUCAAGGUCAGAUGAUACCUGCCAGACAGAUAUGUACACCUUACAAUCAUUAAAACGGUUUAUUCCCGAUUGUCCCACUGUUUAAAUUUUUAGAGUUCUGAUUGUCCCACAUGAAAAGUUCUGAUUGUCCUACAUUAUUUUGUGAAGUAAAAUGUUCUUAAAUAAACCACGUAGUUAUUGUUUGCUUUGGUAAAUAAACAAGAAUUAAUUAUUGCAUGUUCAAACUAUUAUUUAGUAUAAAUUUUAUAAAAGUAUAAAAUAUGUUUUUUUGGUAAAUCAUAAGAUUAAUGCACUUUUGAUUAAAUAAUAUAACAUUUAUGAAUUAUGAAAUAUAUCUAUAAUAUUACGUUUAUUUAUAAAACAAAAAUCAAUACUGUAAUUUUAAUUACAUUUUUUUUUUCUAAAGUUUUUUAAAUAAAUUUAGAAAUAAUGCAUGCAAUUUAAAAAAAGGUAUAAACAACUUUUACCAGGGUGGUUAGUUGCCAUUUACAUAAGAUUCUUUACACUACUGAAGACUGCUUACACCCACAGGCAGAUUCACCGGAACCCAACAACUUGCUCUAUUGAUAACAAAGCUACUGUCCAGAAUUCUGCCACUUCAUCCUUUCCAGGAAUCACUAUUAAAGGGUUUCUUUCACUAUACCCAGUGUAUUUGGCGUAAAGUGCAGUCAAUAGGACUCUUGUAUUAAGCUGUUUAUUACGUGGGCUUUCUUGUAUUAAACUGUUUAUUAUGUGGACUUAAUUGUAACUCUUUAAUAAACAUUUAUGAAGAAUUGAGAAGUGCUUGAUGUGUGAUAUUUUUUUACUUAAUAUUAUAGUCUUAUGUUUGAUGAUACUUCAAUUGUACCUUUUCUGUGCAAAAUAAAAUUCAUAAAUACAAUGUA